ACGACGACCUUCACCGGCAUCCAGGAGUUGCGUUCUUUCGGGUCAUUCGUUUUUUCGCAAUCGAAACGUAUUACUCCUUCGAUGGAAUCAAGAUCGCCGAAUAUCGUGGCUGGAGAAGCGUCAGAAACGGAUGACGACGAGCUUGAGGGAAUACCGGUCGCGCAAGGAUUUCCCCAUUUAUCACCACUGCACGUAGCGGCAACCAGCAGUGGCGACUCAGCCCCGCCAUACACGUUCGCUCGGGAAGCGGUUGAAUCAUCGUCGUCGGCUGCUGUGUCGGACGAGGAGCUGCAACGGUUGCAAACGCGCCGUGCUAUGAACGAACGGUGCAUAGCGCUGCUGAACGAGUUCAUCCACAACACCGUGGCAUCCGUGUCGAAGCAGCUGAACGAAGCGGAUAAUUUUUUAAUGAAAUCCCAGAUGGUGCUGCAGAAUGUUACCACGGCGGUGAGAAAAACCAAUGAAAACACGCACCAAAUGCAGGCCAAGUUGCAGCACAUAGUGACGUCGAACUUUGUGCCCAAUAUUAACAUUUGAAAUGGUCUGCCCAGUCUGCGUCGUUAGGAUCGCUUUCAUCGUACGUCCUGCCAUUCCGGUGAGCUCCUUGGUCCGGAGCGCGAUCGAAGAAAGACUGAGAAACGAAACUGAAGAAAAG